GCUGCAGCUCCUUCAUUGUUGGCGUCUAAGGUCACAUUCUAUUCAUUAGGACAAAAAUGUUUUGUUAUCUGUUUAUCCUCCUCCUACUUCAGAAACUUGGUUGUGUCCAUUGUGCGGUCACAUUGUUCCAACCUCCCGCUAUAGCGGCCAUGCUGGGCUCCUCUGUUAAUCUGAAUUGCUCUAUGCAGCUAAAUGGAGUGAAGCUGGAUCGGGUCAAUCUGUACUGGUUAGUGCCAGACGUCAACAACAAAGUCAAGGAGUAUUUAGUCCCCAGACCAAAAAAAGUCAGCGCCAGGAGCAGCAACUCGAGGCUCAUCUACCCAGAGUUUACCAAUGAUCUGUCCCUGACCAUCGACAACGUACAGCUGCCAUACACCGACACCUAUAUAUGUGAGACGUCCCUACUGAUAGGGACAAGAAAUGCAAGGGCUACAGGGGAUGGAACGUAUCUACUAGUGUAUGAAGAAUUUUCUACAUUUAUGAACCACACUGACCUAUUCUGUAAAGUUAAACUACAAACAUAUCAGAACGUGGAUCUGUUGUGGGAAUCCCAGGAUCAGGAUUAUAUCAGUACGCCGCCUAUUGUGGAUCCAGCCUCAGACAAUUCCUAUUGGAUCAGCAGAGUUCUGACUUAUGAUCCUCAUAGAUGUCGGCAGAACACGACCAUCACCUGUAGGCUCCAGUACAAGGGGCAGAGUCUGGUGGAGAGCAGUAUUGAGGUGGCCUGUACAGGAAGGUUCUUCUUGCUGUUUUAUGUUGUUGUUGAUGCUUUUCACCAUACACCAUGUUGCUUGUCAGAAAGUAAAUACCAUGUAACAAUGUACAGAUACAGGGAAAACAUUGUUUCUUUUACCUUUCACACCUGAACCUCCAAGCCGGCGGUGGUCCAAGCUAUUCCCUAAACCAACGCGGAGACACAACAGCUCGGACCAUGGAGUCCGGACCGUCACAGAUUCUAACAAUUGAGAAACAAACAGCGUUCAAUGCCAAGAAGCUGCUGCAAAAGCAAGAAUGACUUUUGGUACCUUCCAGGAAUUGGAUGGAGGACCAAGCAACAGGUGGAGGAAAGACACUGUGACCAACAAUACUGAGAGGGUUCUUUACCAGAAGAGACUGACCACUUCCCCUGGAGAGUCACCGAGGGGCGCUGGUGGGUGAGAUCAUGGACUUCUGACUAUCCAGGGCAAGAAAAUAGAGACACGUGAUUCAAGAACCGCAGCGCACUUGUCCUCGUCUGUGUUAGUGCUGCUCAGUUCCAUUGCAGCUAUUAAAGCUGAGUUGUGAUACCACAAACAACCUGAGGACAGGGUAGGUGCUGUUUUUUAAAGAAAUCACUUUUGUUUUUCUAAUCCUGGAAAACCCCUUUAGAGGCACAGACAAGAGACAGGAUUGGGCAAGAAAUCACCGCACUCAGGAGGCGCUUAGGAGGGUGCGAGAAGCUAAUAGAGGACUUAAUACUUUAUAUAUAUAUGUUUAUUAGCAACUAUCAGAAUAGUGAGUACAGCUCCAGGAUGUUUAGCUCACAGAGCAUUGUCUAGACUGGAUAUAAUUGUAUCACUUCUCAGCUGAGAGCAGGACUAGCUAUGUACAAUGUAUCAGUCUGGGGUCCAGGAUGUUUAGCUCAUAGAGCAUUGUCUAGACUGGAUACAAUUGUAUCACUUCUCAGCUGAGAG